CUGGUCCCGCGGCGCCCGAGUGAAUCCGUCGGGCUCGGGGACCCAGCGGAACCCCCCGCGCCCGCCUCCCCCUCCGCCGGUGCGAGUGGGGCGGCGCGCUCCGCAGGGCGAGCAGCUGAGCGACCCUCAGUGCUGCGGCCCCCCGCGCCCCAGCCCGCCGCGCCCGGGCCGCGGGCGGCGCCCCUCACUCUCCCCCCGGGCGGGGGAGCCCAAGGCAGCGCCGGAGCCCGGGGGGAGCGCGACCCCGCCGGCCAGGGCAGGGGGCAGGCAGCCGGGACGGCCCCGGUCUAGGUGGUGGCCGAAGAGGGCCAGAGGCAAACAGAGGGAGCAAUGGUUGGUCCUGACGGUGGCUGAGCCCCCAGCCCCUGGAAUAUGCAGCCCGGAGGAGCCCCAGGCAAGGACGCGGAGGCGGAGUGGGGCGGGAGGCAUGGUCUCCACCUACCGGGUGGCCGUGCUGGGGGCGCGAGGUGUGGGCAAGAGUGCCAUUGUGCGCCAAUUCUUAUACAACGAGUUCAGCGAGGUCUGUGUGCCCACCACCGCCCGCCGCCUCUACCUGCCUGCUGUGGUCAUGAACGGCCAUGUGCACGACCUCCAGAUCCUAGACUUUCCACCCAUCAGCGCCUUCCCUGUCAACACACUGCAGGAGUGGGCAGAUGCCUGCUGCAGGGGACUCCGGAGCGUUCACGCCUACAUCCUGGUCUAUGACAUCUGCUGCUUUGACAGCUUUGAGUACGUCAAGACUAUCCGUCAGCAGAUCCUGGAGACAAGGGUGAUCGGCACCUCGGAGACACCCAUUAUCAUCGUGGGCAACAAGCGUGACCUGCAACGCGGACGCGUGAUUCCGCGCUGGAACGUGUCGCACUUGGUGCGAAAGACCUGGAAGUGCGGCUACGUGGAGUGCUCGGCCAAGUACAACUGGCACAUCCUGCUGCUCUUCAGCGAGCUGCUCAAGAGUGUGGGCUGCGCCCGCUGCAAACACGUGCACGCCGCCCUGCGCUUCCAGGGCGCGCUGCGCCGCAACCGCUGCGCCAUCAUGUGACGCCGCGUGCGCCCUGCUGCAGCACUGUUCCAGUGGAAGGGAGGG